AUACAGAUGGUCACACAAAGUACCAGAGCUCUUCCAUGUCUUCAUAUGUCUCUCCUGCUCUCUGCAUCUCAAACACAGAAAAACUCUCCUCGUUCAAUAAAUUCUUUCAUCAUCAUGAUCAUCAAUAGGCAGUGUGUCUUUGACCUCCACACAUGUAUUGUCAUGCUGUCCAUGAGAUUAGUCUUUACUUCUGCAGUACCUCUGACAGCUGUGUGGUGGUGCGUACAGAGAUCCCAGAUCAUCUAGUUCAAGGUGAAGCGGUCGUCAUCAGAUUUCCAUUUCUUGAAGAUGUGAUUCGUGAGAACCAACUGCGACUGGACAACAGCUCGACGUUCCACGUCGAACAUACAAAUCAGAGGAACCACAGCAGUCUGAAGAGCUGCCGUGAUAGGGUGAUGCAGAGUGGGUGGGGCAUCUUGCUCCUCCCAUCUCACACCUCAGACUCUGGGACAUACACCUACACUCUCAGGGGCGACACGUUCUGUUUCACUGGCAGUAUUGCAAUAACCAUCUAUGAGACAGAAGAGCCAAACAUGACUGUAAUGUCAUAUACUGCACACAAAGGAGAAGAUGCAAAGAUUAUUUGUCCCCAUUUGAAGUAUUACAAAAGGGCAGAAAAUCCAAAGUGGUAUAAGGAUUUUUGGAGCACAGCUCUCCCUGUUGGCAGAGGACGGUAUACAAUUGAGCGAGGCAUCAUCUUGGCCAUCAGAAACAUCUCUGUGAAAGAUGAGGGCUUCUACACUUGUAGGUUAAAAGUGAUUUUUAACAACACCCAAUAUAAUGUGAGCAGGACCUGGAGAGUUCAAGUGUCAGUUCCAGUAUCAAAAAGUCCUGCACCGGAAACUGUUACCUCAAAAAACCUUAAUGUUUUCACAUCAUCAAGUCAUUUAUUCCCUCACAUUAUCUUUCCUGUCAAUGGAUCCUUCACUGAAAGUCAUUUCGGCUCAAGUUUGGUGAUCCAGUGCACAGUGUCCAUCGGGAACCAAUCAGCAGAGUCCACAGAUGUCACGUGGCUGGUUGAUGACUCGUCAGUUGAGAGUUCUUAUCUGAAAGGACGUGCAUAUCAGACAGAUAAGAGGAUCUCAACCAAUCACAUUGAGGUGGAGCUGGUUAUCCUUGAGCUACAAGAGGUGGAUAAUGGAGUACAACUGAAGUGCAUCAGUCAAAACGAGGACCGAAAACAGGAAGUUGUCACUCAAAUUAAACUGGCAGACUCCACGAGUGUUUGGUUGGUUGUAUUUGCUGCAUCCUCCUGUUUCCUUCUAGUGCUGUGUGUUUUUCUUUAUCAUUUGUACAAAAGGCCGCAGAAAGAAGAGCACUAUAUUCUGGCUCGACAGAACAGCACAUUUUGAGGAUGACCUGUCCUCACAUCUGUUACUGUGCUUGUAGUCUUUGUCGUGAUUUAGUUAUCUUGAUCUGUUGUGUUGAAUUGGUCUUGUGCUUUUAUUUUGAAGUUUUGUUUCACUGUUCUUGUUUUGUGUUUACUGCAUGUAUAAAAAAAGCAUUAAAAUUUAGAAAACCAGAUGCGCAAAGUUCACUUUAUUAAUCCCAUUUAGCGAAGCAGUGUGCAUACACCUAGGAGCUUUAUUUCCCACCACAUCUCCUGCCCAAAAUAACUUGCACUGGCCAUAUUUGUGACCAUCAGCGGGGGAAAGCAAUGAUGGUGAAUGGAAAAACACCCAUGAAAUUAUAUCAAGAAAAACAUCAAUAAUUGCUUUUGAUCUAUGCCUACUCAGAAUUUUUUUAAAGUCAGCACAAAUACAUUAUUGCCAAAUUUCAUAUUCACGGACAGAUAUUUUAUUCAUGAUUCAUCUCCAAACGCCAGCGAGUCUGAUGUGUGACCAGUGUAUGUUUAUAUAUUGUGAAUAUAUAGAUCUGUUUCUCACACCUAUCAUAUCACUUCUGAAGACAUAGAUUUAACCACUGGAGUGGAUUACUUCUGUUUCCUUUGUGAUUUUUGGAGCUUCAAAAUUUUGGUCACCAUUCACUUCCAAUGUGUGGACCAACAGAGCUGAGAUAUUCCUCUAAAAAUCUUCAUUUGUGUUCUGCAGAUAAAAAAAAAAGUCAUACACAUCUAGGAUGGCAUGAGUGUGAGUAAAUAAUGAGAGAAUUUCCAUUUUUGGGUGAACUGUUCCUUUAAGCACAACUGGUUCAGCGUGGUGCUAGACAUGCCUUUGAGUUCAAAUCCCUGAGAUCACAAAUAUGAAUAAUCUCUGUUAUUUUUAAGGCACUGCAUGUUAAUAUGAAUAAAAGUGUUUACCAGUAAAUUAAUUAAUAAUAAUAUUUUUUUAAUUUUUUUUUUAUUAUAAUCUACAUACAGUAGAUGGUGUUUAAGGUAGAUAGUAUCUGUGUUUAUAUUUGUUGCAUUAUA